GAUAAAUUAUUUGUAAAUGUCGUCGACCUUUCAAAUUUUGCGAAGAACCUUACAGUGGAGUGCUGAGUUGAAUGAAGAAGCAUGGGGAAUGUGGAUCCUCAAAUUCCACCACUUCCAAAUCCAAAUGAUUGGUCAAUCCAAGAUAACAAGGAGGAUUUGGUAUUUCCCCCAAUUCACCACGAAAACCUCCAAAUCCUCUCACCACAUUCAGACCACAACACCCCCCAAUCACCUCCUUCUUCCUCACCCUUCCAGUCUCGGAUUCGUGGCUGGACCAGUAUCGCCCUCCAGAUCUUUCGUUCCAAGCUUUCCUCUUUCAGGAACAGAGGGGCAAUUUGGUCAAUUGGGGUUCCCGCUGCGGCACUGUUAAUGUUCUACUGGAUCAUCAUCGCCACCAAGAAGAAGAGAACCCUCACACCCAAUGAAGCUCGUCUCGUCUCCAUCGUCAAGCAAAAGGAACAGAAAAUUGCCCAACUAUUAAACCAGAUUGCACAAAUGAACGAAAUACUUAUCGAUCGUCAUAAAGCCGUGGCUGCUAAAGUAGAGUAGUGAUUGCCUACAGGUUGUAUAUAUGGUUGGUAGCUCACAUUCACAAGGAACAGUGAACAAGAGCGUCACCCUACAGUGAUGCCGCUUUAAUCUUUCUAUUAUGAAAUAUCACUGCUUACGUGUGCAUGUUUUCAAUUUGCUUGUAUUCUGCAUGUGAGAGUUGGGUUGUAAUUGACAGAUGAACUAAUCAUGAUUCUUCGCACAUGUUCCUGCUACAGCUGAUUGACUGAACAUCUGCAAAGCAAAUGGCUGACGAAUUGAAGUGCCAACUUUGAAGAAGGAAGUUCUCCACUUCUCAUGAUUCGUCAAUGACUAGAUCAGCAUGGAAAUGGCUGAAUUCUCUUAACUGUACUAAUGGUUAUUCAACCAUUCUUUGUGCUAUAGAUGUUCAGCGCGUGUUUAAUUUGGAAAAUCCCAUUUUUUUAAUUUAAUAUAUUUGAGAUGCAA